AUGUCUGAAGCAGAAAAUGAGAAUGUUCUUCUGAGUGAGAAAUCGAUCAAGAUACCUACAGAGGACUUUUUUGGAUUUAGGAGUCUCUUGUUGUUUGAUCACAUCUUCUACGUGAGUGGAGAUGAAGUGUUGGAUGAGGAGUGCUGCAUGUGUUGCGAGCCACUGAAGAGCUCUCCAGAUGCGGUCUACCUAAGUCUCUGUCGUCAUCAGUUCCAUCUCGAUUGUUUGAGGAAGUUGUUUCUGAGGCGGUUCCCACACGUCUGCCCUUACUGCAAACACAUAUAUGCUACUGAUUACAGAAACCUGGAUGAAGGACUGCUACAUACAGAAGUUUACAAAAAUGAAAUUCGAAUGAGUUUUGAAGUCAAAGAAUACAAGUGUGUAAUUACAUUUGAGAAUGAUGAAGACACCGAAACUCUGGCGGGCCUUUUAAUGAAGGCCUUUCAAAGACAAUUAUUGACAAAAUCCGUCCUGGAAACCUUUAUCAACUCUCAUCCAGAUGAGCAAAUUGACGUCAUUAAAACCACAUUGAAAGAUAAAAACGUCGUAGAAAACAAGGUCAACGAAAACUUGGAUGAUUACGACCACCAGAAAGAUGAAGACGAGAAGAGAAACAUCAGUCUUGAUGCCGAUAACAUAGAACUGACUGAAGAUCAGUGGUUCGGCGAAGAUUGGUGUGAUGCAGUUGAAGCUGGAACUCCACAAGGCCAAGAAGGCAAUGCAAUUGAAGUUAUAAUUUCACAACGCCAGAACGAUGCCAACAACAUUGACUUUGACCUCUUCGAACCUAUUGACCCUUUGCCGGAAUGGAUUGUAUCGACCCAUUAUAAUGGAUGGGAUAUAUGA